AUGCAGUUCUUGACAGAUCUCAAGAAGGCAGCCAAGGGAGAGCGCGAGGAGGAGUUCUCCUUCGACGACGAUGGCGAGAAAGGCAAGACGGACAAAUGGCUGGAAAAGAUCAACCACAUGUCCAAGAGAGUUCAAUCAGCACCUGCUGCAGCAAAAGAGAAGCUGCAGAAGAUGCGUGAGCCCAAGGACGAGGCCAAAGCAGCGUAUUUCGAGGAGGCGAAGCAGGAGUCGGCGAAGUCAGCUGCCUGGUGGUCAGGUUGCGAUCCACAGCAGGAUCCCGACUUCAAGAAGGAUUGGAGCCGAUCUGCCUCCUCGGAGACCAUCCAAAGCCACGCCAAUGGCGACGACGUCUCCUCGAAUGAUGAGGACUGGCCCGAGGAGGAGGAGUCCGAAGAUGAUGAUCCAGAUGGCGAGCACAAAACGAAUCUGAGGAUGAGCCAAAUCGAUUACGACGCUUUAGCUUCCGGCGGUGCCAUCACCACAAAGGCUCCGGCGCCCGCGUCUUCAGAGGACAAGCCUGCGACAAAGGCAGCUGCAGCGGCCAAGACCCACACCAAUGCGGCAACUGCGGCGGCAGAGGCUCCAAGAGCCACCCCGGCGGAAGAAGAGAAAAAGCCCGAGCCGGUCGCUCCGGCCCCGGCCGCCGAUCCCUUCGGCAGCUCCGGGGACGAGGAAGCUGCAAAGACGCCAUCACCGCCGACUGCCACCACGCAGGCAGACCCCUUCGGCAGCAGCGGGGAGGAGGAAGCGCCCAAGCCGGUGCCGAAGAAGGCGAGCAAGAAGCCUGCCAAGUCCCGGCCUGCAGCGCCCAAGCCCGAAGCGGCAGCGCCUGCCGCGGAUCCCUUCGCUGAUUCGGAUGCAGACGCUCCCUCAGGUGCGGCGACAGCAGCCGGGUACCCUGCUCCAGCCGCUCCGAAGGAUCCUUUUGCUGACUCAGAGGAUGAAUCUGGCCCGCUGCUGCCAGGCCCUCCGGCUGAGGCUAGCACACGGCGUGCGAGCCAAGCAAAAGCGGCCGACAAAGCCGGGAGCUUGAGCAGCUCUGGUCCUGAAGGCACCAAGAAGGUCAAGAGGCCCAAGGCUCGCCCUGGGGAGAAGAAGCCCUCCACAGACGACGUGGCUGCAGCCAGCACGAGCUCCGGCAAGAAACCGGCUCGGGCGAAGCCCAAAAAGGCUCCUCUCAAGGCGGCCCAGGACAGUGAUGGCGAAGACGUAGGGUUCUGA